GAGCCAGGUCCACGGCCCGCCGCUCUGCUGCCCCACCCCUCCACCACCGCCUGUCGCCCCCUUUCCCCUCAUCACCACCACGCCGGCGUCCAGAUCACGGCGCCGGGGAAGAAGAAGAAGAAGAAGAAGAAGAAGAAGGAGAGCCGCGGUGCACGGGGAACAGAGAAGUAGAUAGAGGAGAGGGGAGGAGAGGAGAGAAUCUCCCACCACCCAGCAGCAAAGCAACCCACGACAGACGUUGCGUCGUCGCCACAAACAUCUUCACCGAAUAUCCAUCCGCCCGCCAGCCACCAGCCUUUACUGUUAAACCAACUGCCGCCCGCCCCGUAUUAUCCGGUUUCCCGUUCUCGCACGAGUAAUACUACUGUCGAGACAGACUGUUUAUAAACCCCAUCCCGUCCAUGGGAUAGAUAUUUGGGAAGGAAUCCCGGUAGGCCACGAUUUCUCCCCCCGGCCGAAAACCGAUCGCGAGUCAAACUCCGGGCGCAUAUAUUUUUUGUAGUAUAUGGGCGGAUCCGACGCAGCCCCAGCCGCAAGGGACGACGCCCAGGUCGUGGUGGUUGUGGGAUCCCCCGUCGACGGCCCCCCCGCCCCCUCCGCCUCCGACCUCCCUCUCGCUGCCUCCGCGCCGGCCUCCACGCCACCGGCGCCGGAGGAGGCGGAAGCUAAGCGGGAGCUCUCGGCGGCUGCUCCGGCCGAGAGUUUAGUGGUGGAAGGUAAGCAGGUGGAGGCGGCGGCGGCGGCGGCGCAGGCCAUGGCGGUCACCGUGGUGCGGGACGUCGAGGCGGGCCCCGAAGCGAGCACCAGCGGCGUGGCCGACGAGAAGCCCUCCUGGUUCACCCCGAAGAGAUUACUUGUGAUGUUCUGCAUAAUCAACAUGCUAAAUUAUGUUGACCGGGGAGUAAUAGCAAGUAAUGGUGUCAAUGGCAGCCGUGGCAGUUGUUCUGGUGGCACAUGCUCAUCAGGUUCUGGAAUUCAGGGUGAUUUUAAUCUGAGCAAUUUUGAAGAUGGCGUGUUGUCCUCGGCAUUUAUGGUAGGGUUGUUGGUGGCUUCCCCGAUAUUUGCGUCAUUGGCAAAAAUACACAAUCCUUUCAGGCUUAUUGGCGUCGGAUUGUUAGUCUGGACUAUUGCAACAGCUGGCUGUGGGUGCGCGUUUGAUUUCUGGUCAAUUACUGUAUGUCGCAUGUUAGUUGGUGUUGGUGAAGCUUCGUUUAUAAGUCUCGCAGCUCCUUUCAUUGAUGACAAUGCACCAGCAGCACAGAAAACUGCAUGGCUUGCUAUGUUCUACAUGUGUAUACCCACUGGGAUAGCACUGGGUUAUGUUUAUGGUGGGUUGGUUGGGGGUCAUCUGCACUGGCGUGCUGCUUUCUGGGGAGAGUCAAUUUUGAUGCUUCCCUUUGUCAUUCUGGGCUUUGUGAUAAAGCCACUAGAGCUCAAAGGAUUUACUCACAACAAAAAGACAAAAGAGUAUGGUCAAAUGCUCAGUCCGGAGCUUCAAGAUGAGACAAAUAAUAAUGGAAUAAAGCAGGGUGUGCCUGCUGUAGUUGAGGGCCUUGCAGAAAAGUCUUCCCUCUCCAGUUUCGGGAAGAAAGUUAUGAUUGAAAUCCAUCAUUUUGGGGUAGAUAUGAAAGAAUUGCUACAAGAGAAAGUCUAUGUUUUCAAUGUGGCUGGUUACAUCUUUUACAACGCUGUCAUUGGUGCCUAUUCAUAUUGGGGCCCCAAGGCUGGUCAGGAUAUCUACCACAUGGCCAGUGCAGAUCUAAUGUUUGGCGGAAUAACAAUAGUGUGUGGAAUAGUUGGAACCCUUGCAGGGGGUUUCAUCCUUGACAAGAUGGACUCUACAAUUUCUAAUGCUUUCAAGCUUCUUUCUGGCGCAACUUUCCUCGGGGCAAUAUUUUGUUUCAGUGCCUUUUGUUUCAAGAGCCUUUAUGGAUUCAUACCCUUCUUUUCAGUGGGGGAGCUAUUGGUUUUUGCAACUCAGGCUCCAGUAAACUACAUAUGCCUUCAUUGUGUGAAACCAAGUUUGCGGCCAUUAUCAAUGGCUAUGUCUACUGUUUCGAUACAUAUAUUCGGUGAUGUGCCUUCUUCACCCAUCGUUGGGGCUCUUCAGGACUAUCUCCAUAACUGGAGAUCAACUGCGCUUUUAUUGACAUCCGUCCUCUUUAUUGCGUUUGGAUUUUGGUUUACCGCCAUAUUUUUCCGCAGCGUUGAUCGUUCGAAUGAGCAGAGCGAGCAUGAUGUUCCUGCCACUGAGAGAUCAAACCUCAGGCCAUUGCUUGAUGAUGGAAACGAUGAAGCGCACACUUCUCAAUGAUCAAGGAAGUCAUCAAGCAAGAUGUCUUUUUCUUUCUUAGCUGGAUUAUUUCGGCCGUACCAGCAAACAUGUGAAAUGUAAAUUUGCAUGUCCGUUGGCUGUACCUGUACAUAAAUCGUUUGCUCUCUUGGUCUUCUUGGCUUUUGUGUACAGACUGCAGAUACUGCAAACAGUAUGUAUCAAUGGUGUAACUUGGUUGAUUAGAAAGGGUGGGUAAUGUUUGCACA